AUGCCACUUGACGUCGUUUCUGAUGACGACAUAUAUCUGUUCGAGGAGGAUCUGCCUGAGGCUGACUAUGAGGGUGGGGCCCCUAUUGUUGCUGACGUCAUUCUUCCCAUUGCUGAGGCCCCUGUAGAGGAGCUUCCUGUUGGUUCACCUGCCCCAGAUUCAUUUGAGUCUGUGGCGUCUGCGUCUCUACACGACCAGGGAGUGCAGCAUCACUCUCCUGACGCCGACCCCGACAUGGCGUUAUCAGCUGCACCUGCUCCCGCACACGAGUUCGAGUUUGACCACGAGGUCGAUGAUGAUUUGGAUCCAGUCUUUCCCCAUGAUUUCGAUCCUGACCAGGAAAUCGAGUUCAUUCACUUGGACCAGCCCUUAGAGGCGCCCGUAGCUCCUAUUGAUCCUUUGUUUGAUAUCCCUGCUGAUUUUGAUAUGGAUCUUGUUGAUCCUGAGCCCAUCAUGGCCUCUGAGCCAGUCCUUGCUCCUGAUCCUGCACUAGAGCAUGACCCUGUUCAUGAUGAUGCACCAGCCAUUGCACCUCUUGUUGAUGACAUACCCAUUGCUUAUCUUCCCGUUGUUGCUCCACCGUUGGUGGAUGACCCUGUUGUUGAUGCACCAUUACCUGAUCCCGUGUCGGUAUUGUUUGACCGUGCACCUUUUGCUGCUCAUAUAGAUCCACGAUAUGCUGACACCCGCAACGGGUGGAUCGAUGACGAUGGCGAUUAUCCACCGUAUGUGCUGGCUGUCACUCCCCCAGUAGCACCUGUGUCUGCACCCACUGAUAUCCCGUUGUUUCCCCCACACACCACAGACGCUCAUCGCACUGAUCUUCCCAUUACGUUCCUCCAGGACAUACCGCUGCCUCGUCCUGGAGAGGGGUCAUCGAGGCAGCCGCCUGUUUCUGCUCUACCCAUGAUGCCUCCAAGAUGUGACCCGCGCAUGCCCACUAAUGAGGCAGAACUCCAAGAGAUCAUUGCUGCAGCUAUCGCGCAAUACGCUGCUUCUCAUGCAGAAACGAGUGGAAAUAUCUUGCACAACCACGACACAGGAGUAUCGGACACCUUGGAUCCUAUGGCAGUCGUGUCAGAUGACGAGAUUCCGUCAGACCGAGAGGUCUACACAUCAGACACCACCAGCACUGAUGACGACGAUUUUCAGCCCUUCGCGCUGCCAGACAUCGGAGCUGAGCCUGCUGAUGGCCUUCCUGCGGGGGAUUAA